CCCGCCCCGGGUGGCGUGUUUUCAUCUCAGGUCCCCGCCCCCUUUCAACGUCACCCGCGAGGCCUGCCGAGCGACCAAUCAAAGGAGGGGAAAGGGGAGGCGCGGCCAAUGAGCGAGCCCGUCGGCCAGCGAGUCGGGCCUGGAGAGUAAAAGAAGCCGAACACGGAGCCGGGGAAUCGCGUGAUUGGAGUGGCCGGGCAAGGUGCCACGGGUGGCGGCGGCAGCGGCGGCCACCUCCGAAGACGACGAUAGCCCGCACCGCCUCUCUCUCAUCAUGUCCAGCUGGUUCUUCCCGUGGUCGAGCUCCAUCAAGAAGCGGGCCUGCCGCUACCUGCUGCAGCAUUACCUGGGCCACUUCCUGGAGGAGCGGCUCGGCCUCGAACAGCUUAGCCUCGACCUCUAUGCGGGCGCCGGGCGCCUUACCCGCCUCCACCUCGACGUCUGGUCCGUGAAUGAGUUCCUGGAGUCCGUGGGCGCCCCGUUGGAGAUCCUGGAUGGCUUCAUCGACAGCAUUGCCGUCACCAUCCCCUGGUCUGCCUUAGUCACCGAGAACUGCACUGUGGAAGUCAGUGGGCUGCAGGUCACCUGUCGGCCCAAAUAUCGCCAAGGUCAUGCUGGCUCAGAGUCGCAAAGCUGGGCUUCGUGCAUGACCACCUCCAUGCAGCUGGCUCAGGAGUGCUUGAAGGAGCAGGCGGAGGAGCCUUCGGACACCAGCCAGCCCCUGGAGGGCUUGGAAAUGUUUGCCCAAACCAUUGAAACAGUUCUGAGAAGAAUCGAAGUGACUUUCUUGGACACGGUGAUACGCGUGGAACACACCCCCAGAAGCCGGGAGGCGCCCGGUGUGGCCCUGGAAAUUCACAUCCAAAGGCUGGACUACUGCGACGAAGUGGUGCGGGACCCCGGGCAGGCGCUUGCUGUCGACAUCCACCAGCCUCCACCCUUUCUGCAAAAGAUCCUCCAGCUGAGCGGCCUCUUGCUUUACUAUGAGGAAUUUGGUGAGGGCAGCGCCCGGGGCACGAAGGAGGCCGAGCCGUGCGAUUCUGGCGGGGAAGAGGCCGGAUCCAGCCCUCUGCUUCAGAUUGGAAGCUGCUCCGGAUACACCGAGAUGCGGAUUAAGCUCAAGCAAAACGAGGCCUUCCCUGGAGCUAAGCUGGAGUUAGAUGGAAAGAUCGGAUCUCUGCACCUGCUGCUGGCUCCUCGGCAGAUAUUGCUCCUGACGGAUCUUCUCUCAUCCCUGAACUUGUCCGAAUCCGGCGUUCUGCAGGAGCAGCUGAGCAAAAACCGCCCUCUGGAUUCCGAGGAUCUGAAGCUGAUUGAGCAAGACCUCAGCCAGCAGCUGCAUUCGGGGUUGGGAUCGGCCCCGGCACAUCUGGAGGGCCUGGUGGCCGGAGCGGAGAACGGAGAGAUGUUCUUCUCCAUGGCACCCAUGACGAGCAGCGUAGCGUCUCUGCGUUCGGUCAGCGACCUCUCAGAUCUGGAUUCGUCGGUCCACAGUGACAUGAGCACAACUCCCUUGCAGCCUCCAGCCUUCGCCCUGGGGCUGAGCCCCCGGCGUUACCGACGGAUGCCGUUUGCCUCAACCCUGCCAGGCCUCAAUAAGAUGCCAAGCAAGCCCUCCCCCUUGCCACCCCCCUCCUUGGACAGCCAGCGUCCCGAGAUGCUGCUGCGGGUGACUGUCGGGGGGCUGACCUUGACCUUGCUCCAUCAGCCACCUGGGCUUUUCCCGUCGGAUAUCCUUUCCCUCGCCGUUGCUCAGCGAUUCUUCUCCCAGCUGGGGGCCCUGAAGGACGCAGCCUUCGGAGGCCGGGAUUUCCAUCCCUUGCGCCGCUGCUUCGAGGAGGCCAUCCCACGGAGCCAUGUCAGGCUGACGGGGGCUGCAGUCCAACUCACCUGCGAGCACAAGGCUUCUAAGCAGCUGCGUGGGCUCAACUGGGACACCUCCUUCGGCCUUCUGGAGAUCUUGGAGUGCCUUUGGCCAGCCAGCAGAAGGACGGGGAAACCCGAAUACACUCAGCUGCUGGUCUUUCCCACCCCGGGACCCGUCCCCUACAGCCAGGCGCCUCAGCCCUGCGCACGGAUCCGGUCCAAGCACUUGGAGAAGCUGCCGUCCUCCAAGAGUGGCCUGGCCAAAGGGGCCUCGUCCAAGCUGACGGUGGACUUGGCGGUCGAGCUGGCUGAGUUCCUCUCGGAAGUGGACCUGGGCACCCUGGAUCGCCUCUGCUCCCUCUUGCAGCCCACCGUGGUGCCGUCCCGGCCGGGGGGCUACCCUCCCGAAGAACCCAUGCCAGGUUUCCCCCCGGCUGCCCGAUGGCAGGCCAACGUGCAGCUGGUCGCCCCCAGAGCGUCCCUGCUCCUCCAGUUCCCCAUCCCAGACCUCCGCCCCUGGACGGAGAGGCGCGCCUGGGCUGAGAAGGCGGUGCGCAGGGAGCACUUGCGGCUGGACCUGGCCGGCGUCGAGGUGCGCACGGAUUUGGAGCCGACGGGGCCCACCAGGUUAGAAGUCACCCUGACCGACUUGCACGGCAUUUAUGAAGAUGGUGAGAUGCUGUCGGUCCCUUGUUUUCGGGUAGGCAAAGCCCCGGAUUUACUGGCCAGAGGCAUCGGGAAGAAGUACCUCCUUCCUAAGCUCAUCUUGACCUUCUGCCCAAUACCCACCGAUGCCCCUUGGGAUUUGGUGCUGGCGGCCGCCGAAGAGGUGGAGCUGUCGACGGUCGAAAGCCCCUGUGAGCUGAAGCAGCCGGAGCCGUCGCCCUUCUCCUCCAAACGGACGAUGUACGAGACGGAGGAGAUGGUCAUCCCCGGGGACCCCGAGGAGAUGGCGGAGUUCCAGAACGAGACGUUGGCCGCCUCCCGCUACACCCUGGAGUUGACCUUCCCCACCGUUCACAUCUUCUUGCCGAGCAAGAAGUUCUACGAGAGCAUCUACAACAGGAUCAAUAAUGACCUCCUGAUGUGGGAGCCCCUCGGCCCCCUCCCGAGCCCCACGGACCCUCCAGGAGGGGCCAGGUCUGCAUCCCCCUUUGCCCCCGAUGGGCCCUCGCCCGCCCACUGGCCGGAGAGCUUCCAGAUGUGCAAGUCGGCCUUUAAAUUGGAUUCGGACUCGGACGAUGAUGACUCCCACUUCUACUCGGCGGACAAGACGGGCACACAGCAAAAAAGAGGGGAGCUGAGGAACCCCUUUUCCCUCAGCUGCAUCUCUGUCGUGCUCCGGGUGGGCCAGGGACGCAUUACAGCGCUCUGCAACGCCAAAGGUGAAGGAGGCAAGAAGCUGGAAACGGCUCAUGGGGAACUCGUCUUGGAUGUGGAGAACGGGAGCCUCUUCAGUGUCUCGCACUACAAAGGCCGCGAGGACAUUGGCUACUUCUGCAUCGAGGCUGAGAAGGUGGCACUUUAUCACAAAGCUGUCGUGGAGGACUAUCUUACAGCGGAGCACCUGGAGAUUCCCAACUUCCUGCCCCCCGACGGGCUGCACCCCACCAUCUAUGCCUCCCAAGAGGGCCCCAUUAGCUGGCCUCUGGGGCCCAAGAAGGACAGCCCCUUCAAGAUGUUGUCCGUGGCCAUUCAGAUCAACCUGGAUCUGGAGAAGAACAUAAAGGAAUUCCUGGUGACGCUGCGCCUCGAGGGUGCCACCAUACGGCACCGCAUGGCACUGGCCCACCAGAGCUGGUACACGCAGUUGAUCGACUUCCUGGACGUUCUGGACGACCCCAUCCUGGGCUUCGUGCCCCCCGCCAUCAUCACAGUUUUGCACACCCACCUCUUCAACUGUGCCGUGGAUUACAGGCCUCUCUACUUGCCCCUCCGGGUGCUCAUCACCGCUGAGACCUUCACCCUCUCCAGUAACAUCAUUGUGGACACCUCGGUCUUCCUCCUUCGGUUCAUUUUGGAUAACUCCACGCUGUUCCUCUCCAACAAAUGUGAAGAAGAGACGGGUGACCUGAACAAAGAUUAUGUUUGCGUGGUGGAAGUGGAUCUCUUGGAACUGGUUAUCACUACGUGGAAAGGAGCCACGACCGGCAAAUUGACCCGGCCCCUCUUCGAGCUCCGCUGCUCCAACAACGUGGUGCACAUCCACACCUGCGCUGACUCUUGUGCUGCCCUCGCCAACCUCAUCCAGUACGUGGUCAACAAAGGGGACCAGCACCCGCCCCGUCGGCACGACAGUCCCACUGAGAUUGCGGGACAGAAGGUGCAGUUGUCCGAAAGCCCGGCUUCUCUGCCUACCUGUCCCCCAGCUGAGACGGCGGCCAUCAAUCAGCGGGACCUGACGGAUGCCCUCAUGGAUACCGAGCGUGGAUACCAGGAAAUGACCGGGGAUUGUGGGAUGAGGCGGCAGCCUUCGCCGGUCUCGGUGUAUCUCUUCCCUGGUGAGAAUGGAACAGCAGGCCAAGGAAAGCCCCCCCCACCCGCCGGGACCCCAGUGGGCGAGGGUCUCGAUUUCAGCCCUUCGGAGGACAGCGAAGGGGAGAGCGAAGCCACAGAUGGGUUCUGCAUUUUGGAUGCUCCGGGAACAGGCAUUCCGCCUCGGGACGGGGAGCCGGUGGUAACCAAGCUCUUGGACGGCCCCGUCCACAUCCGGGAGGGCCACUUCUCCCGGCCCCUGGGCAGCACGGAUUUACUGAGGGCCCCCUCGCACUUUCCCGUGCCCGAGAGCCGAGUCGUGAUGCGGGAAAUUUCGGUGGUCUGGCAUCUCUACGGGGGCAGAGAUUUUGGGCCGGGGCGCUCUCCCCCAGGACACCUGCCUUCCCCCAGGACAAAAUCAAGCUUUCCCAGCACCCGCUCCUCCCCCUCUCGGUCUUCGGUGCCCAGCCGACCCCAGAGCUCCUGGCGGGCGCAAGGAGGCCCCGGCCGUAUCCACGACCUGCUGAUGGAAAUCCAGCUUACUAAGGUGAGUUUCCAGCACGAAUCUUACUCAGGUGGAGCAUCCGAGAAGCUGUCCCUGGAAUCGGAGGAGCAGCCCUUAGCCAGGCAGGUGUUCGUGGUCCAGGAGCUGGAGAUCCGAGACCGCCUGGCCUCCUCGCAGAUCAACAAGUUCCUCUACCUGUACAGCAGUGAGCUCCUCCCCCGGCGGGCCCACUCGAACAUGCUUACUAUCAAAGCUCUUCAUGUCUGCCCCGAAGCUGGCGUGGGGGGUCCCGAGUGCUGCCUGAGGGUCUCCCUGAUGCCUCUCCGACUCAACAUAGACCAGGACGCCUUGUUUUUCCUCAAAGACUUUUUCACCAGCGUGGCGGCCAGCAUCAACCCUGUCGUGCCCAUGGAAGCCGGAUCUGAAGGUCGGGUCGAGUCCCCAGGGAAGGACUCGGAGGCAGCCGAGAGGAUGAUGGCAACUUCGGUGGAGACCACAGCCAGCGAGAACAGCUCCAGCGCUUCCUCUUCCUCCGAGCAGCCCAUUUAUUUCCGGGAGUUCCGGUUCACCUCCGAGGUCCCCAUCUGGCUGGAUUACCACGGGAAGCACGUCAGCGUGGACCAGGUGGGCACCUUCGCUGGCAUUCUGAUCGGUCUGGCUCAACUCAACUGCUCCGAGCUGAAGCUGAAGAGACUCUGCUGUCGCCAUGGGCUGCUUGGGGUGGAGAAGGUGGUCAGCUACGCCCUGACUGAGUGGCUGACGGACAUCCGUAAAAACCAGCUGCCGGGCAUCCUGGGAGGAGUCGGGCCCAUGCACUCCUUCGUGCAGCUCUUCCACGGCCUGCGGGACCUCUUCUGGCUGCCCAUUGAGCAGUACCGCAAGGACGGGCGCAUCAUCCGUGGCCUGCAGCGUGGCGCCGCCUCCUUCGGCACCUCCACCGCCUCAGCGGCCCUGGAGCUCAGCAACCGGCUGGUGCAGGCGAUUCAGGCCACGGCCGAGACCGUCUAUGACAUCCUGUCUCCCACGGCUCCGCCAUCUCGCUCUUUGCCGGACAGGAAGUACGCCCGUAAACUACGGCGGGGCCAUCAGCCGGCAGAUCUACGCGAGGGGGUAGCCAAGGCCUACGACACCAUGCGUGAGGGCGUCCUAGACACGGCCCAGACCAUCUGCGACGUGGCCGCUCGUGGGCACGAGCAGAAGGGCAUCACGGGGGCUGUGGGCGGCGUCCUGCGGCAGAUCCCUCCCACCGUGGUCAAGCCACUGAUCGUGGCCUCCGAGGCCACCUCCAACCUCCUGGGCGGUAUGCGCAACCAGAUCAAACCUGAUGCCCUGAAGGAAGAAUCUCUCAAAUGGCGCUUGGAAGAGACCCAGGAUUAGCAGGGGGGGGGGUUCCUCUCCCCCCCAUGGAUCCAAACCACGGACCCAGGCCCGCAGGGUCAUUUGCACAGCCACGGAGGAGUUGGCCAGACCUGUGAGGAAAGGGGGGUGGGGUCCAAUAUGGCCUCAACACCUGCACAUCCUGCACAGUUUGUGAGAGGUCAGCGGCCAUCUCCUCCCGCCUCGCCCUUCUUUCUGUACUUUUGGGGGGGUCUCCCUCCCCCCCUUCCUUUGAUGCAUGGUCUGCAACUGUGUUUUCUCCCCCCCACCCACCCCCACACAAAAGCACUUGGGGGGGGAGGAAGAGGAGGAGGGGAGAGAAAAAUAACUUUGAGAUUAAAUAGGAUGUGACUCGUUUUCAUGCUCUCGCUUGCUUGGAUCCUGGUCAGAUCCUGGCUUAAUUGCGGGCAGGUGGGCUCUUUGGAUUGGGGCCAGCCCGGAAAACCCAGAUAUUACGGCCGUGGCAUUUGCCUUCACCCGGUUCCUCUGCAGCCCGCGUGGCAGGAAGAGGAGCCCCCGGACAGAGUUUCCAAACCAGGCGGGGGCCGCGCUGGGCUGCCAUCGCUGGGAUUCAAACAGACGUGGGUUUUUGUUUUUUGUUUUGCAAAGGAGCUGAGUUCGAAAGAGUUGAGCCGGCUGUCCUGCGGUUGCCCGAAUGGCAUUUUGACUAUUUGGGGGGGGGUGUUUUUUGGGGGGGACUUUCUGGGAAUUCUCUCCUGCUUUGGCAUAUCCUGCGAUCCAGCUCAGAAUGUUGAGGCAAAAAGAUGGUUUAUUGUUUUGAGGCCAAAUGUGUGAUGUAUCCAAU